CAAAAUACAAUAGAUAUAGGCGUCAUGUUAUAAAAUUCAAGAUGUAGGAACGCGGAUGGCGAACGUCAUAUAAAUGUAAAUGAAAAAUGUAACCGUUUAAUUUCGGGAUUGCAAAAAAAAGAUCAUUAUUUUUACGCAUCUAUGAUUGCUUUGCGAAAUUGGCUUCUCGCCGUGAAAACAACCGUAGCGAGUUAAUGAAUUGCAAAUAAUAUUGUAUUCCGCAAUAUAACGUGUGCUCGGUUUAUCAGAAAAUGUAAAAUCUAAAAUUCUGUUUCGAUUUCGGCUUUCUGAACCGGGCAACAAUGCAUGUGUGUUUUUGUUUUAAUGACGAGCUCUUUUGAUAGCACAUUCGAAGAUCAAUUAAAUAUGUCAGAUGUAAUCGCAUAAUCAUUCGUUCCGUCGUGCGAAUCACGUGUCAGACGACCGAACAGCUUUGUUCGACUCACGUCGGGGCGUUCGGAGCAGAAAAAGCAACGUAUUGAUGUGACUCAGAUCUCUUUGUCAGGCGAUUGUCAAGUGAAGUUUGCGUUAUUUUCUGAUAAUUUACCCAUCACGUGCGCAGCGAGUGACGCAGAAGUGGAUAGCGAACCUCAAGUAGUAUUGCCGUUAGUCGUCUAAUACUCUAAUAGUUACCGCCGAGAAACGUUAUACAUGUAUGUUACGAAUUACAAGACAUAUACGCGUGUAUCUUCCAAGAGUGCGUGAUGCGGUCUAUCCGCGAUUAAUCCGAUGCAGACGGCACGGCUGCAUCCCGCGUGUGCGGUUUGUUGACCCGGCUUUCAGAUAAUGAGGCAGAUAAGGGAGACGGCGGGAAAAACGUUCCGCUGCUGAAGGCGAGCUUUAGGCGCCACAACUUUCGUCAUCGUCCGUCAUCGUCGUCCAUCAUCGCCUACAUCAUCCGCCCACACCUCCUACUUCUUCAGCUCACCCUUACGGCACAGACUCUUCUGCGCGUGGUGUGAUUAAAGCACGGCCGGCGAAGUUUCCGAGUAUUUGCGCGACACGCGGACGUAGAACAAAAUCGUCGGCUUCGCGGCGAGAGACGGCCCUUCUGUCGUUUUCUGUUCUUUCGCACGCGGGCGCUUUUCCUCCCGCGAGUUUCUCCGGUUUUCGCACACGGAUUAGUGGAAGAUCGCGAUCGAGUGCUGAUUACGCGGUGCCACCAUGGGCUACGGAAGCUUACGGGACGUAAAAGACGACAACAUGCGGCUGUGCUGCUCGAAGAAAGACGAGGCUGACCCGCUGCGGUCGAGACAGGAAAAUGGAUCAACUAAGAAUCCAUCAACAAGGAACGAUGUAGAAAAAUUUGGAUUUUACCAGAUCGUAACGUUCGCACUUAUCAGCAUACCGUUGAUGCUAUCGGCAGGAUUUACGCUCUCCUACAUAUUUACUGCGGGCGAGAUUAAAUACAGAUGUUUGGUGCCGGAAUGCGAGGAUUCGGGGAACACGACGUUCGAACCGUCGUGGAUCAACGCUUCCGCGCCGAAAAUCGACGAGGUCAUUUCCGGUUGUACGCGUUACGUGGUGCGAGAUGAUCGUCCGGGCGCAUGCACGACAGCAUCGUUCACCAACGUCACCCGCGACUGCGAUUCUUGGAUUUACGAUCCGGACGAGCGUACGAUACUCAACGAGUGGGGCUUUACCUGCGACGCUAAUCGAUGGAAACUCACGUUAGUCGGCACGAUACAGAAUACCGGCCAGUUCGUCGGCUUGAUGUUCGCCGGAUACAUAUCUGACAGAUACGGGAGACGAACCUUUUUGACGCUGGCGACGACUCUGUCUGGAAUCAGUGGCUUGAUACAUUCCUUCUCCGUGAAUUAUUGGAUGUUUCUCGCAUUCGAAUUCCUCGAUGCCACCAUGGCGGCUGGAAUUUACAGCGCGGGAUUUAUUUUAGGGAUGGAGACGGCGGGAAUGAAAAACAGAGUCUUCGCAAGCACUAUCAUCUGCUGCAUGUUCGCCGUGGGUGAGAUCUUGCUGGGAUUGAUCGCCAGUUGGCUAAGAUCUUGGCGAACGCUUCUUAGGGUAGUGUACGGACCGGGACUGCUAGCCGUUUUCCUGCCUCUGCUCAUUCCAGAAUCAGUUAGGUGGCUAUUGUCAAAGGGUAAACAGGAGGAAGUGGACAAAAUAUAUCAUAAAAUGGCCCGAAUGAACGGCUUGCAAGUAACGGAUGAAGCCCUCAAUACGUUCAAGAAAUUAAGCACGGCUAAAGAAGAAGACAAAAGUGAGCUGGUGAUGUCGGACGAGAGGAAACCGAUCGUGCAAGUUCUACAUAGCUCAGUGAUACUCAUUCGGCUGCUGAUCUGCUCGUUCUGCUGGCUCACGAACACGUUCGUUUAUUACGGACUGUCGUUGAAUUCCGUGGCGUUCGCCGGGGAUAAGUACAUCAAUUUCGUGCUCGUCGCGGUGGUCGAGAUACCGGCGUAUUGCCUCGCCUGGGUGCUGACCGAUCACAUUGGCCGUAAACCAACGCUCUCCGGCUCGUUCCUGCUGAGCGGGGCGUUCUGCCUCGCAAUCCAGUUCAUACCGGCAGGCGCCUGGAGUUUCGGGCCUUUACUUUUAUACAUGGCCGGGAAGCUGUGUAUCACCAUGGCGUUCGCCACCGUCUACGUCUACACGGCGGAGCUGUUCCCGACGACGCUCAGGCAUUCCCUCCUUGGAAUUUGCAGCAUGACCGGCCGCGUCGGGUCAAUCUUAUCGCCGCAGACGCCCCUUCUGGCGCAAAUAAUGCCUUCACUGCCGCUCAUCCUGUUCGGGUCCAUGGGCAUGAUCGCGGGCGGCCUGUCUCUGAUUUUCCCGGAAACUUUAGGGACGAAACUUCCGGACACCGUGUGGGAGGCGGAGAGGAUCGGCAAGUCAAACGCGACUCGCGAAAUUUUGGAUCCUACCACGCCAAGCCAGGGGAGGAGCGACGCAGAAAGCUAGGACGCGUUUAAAUCUUUCUCUUUCUCACUCGCUCCCUCUCCGUGCGAGAAAUGGUGAUAGCUUUUAAAAGUUCACUGCAGGGGACGGUGGGUGAGAGAGAGAUGCACCCGAGAUGCGCCCGGUGACGCCCGACAGAGAUAAGGGGGUGCCUUCACGAGACUCGACGUCUAAAAUACGCGGGGCGCACAAUUGAUGCGGGGAGAGGAUGCGGGGCGAGAUCCCGCCGUGCCCGCCGCACCAACGAGCGCGACGCACGCUCGCAGAUUUUAUCUGUCGGCGAUUUGAAUAAGCACGGCAUAUUCCACCCCGUAACUGUUUACCCUCCGCCACCGCCGUCGCUGCGCCCGUCGUCAUUUGUCUUACUCCCCCGCGUUUAUCCGCUCGCUUGCGCGCGCGCGGAGAAGAGAAGGAUUAUAAUAUCUUCCGGUCUUGGUGUUCCCACGGUAUCUCGAAAUCUUCCGAAAUCUCCUCGACGUGCAUGAGCGUGCAAUUCGCGCGGUGUUAAGUGGAAAUAGAUCGGAUCUCUCCUGGUGUCCGUCGCGUAUUGUAUAUCAGUACGAAUCACGCGUUACUUCUCGCUUCGCGGAUCGCGAUACUCGCGUGGCGUUAACCUUUGUAGGAUGGAAAGUCACUACAGUGCCUAAACAGUGUCAUAUUUUGAGAGAGGCAAGGAAUGCAAAGAAUUAUAAUAAAUCUUACUCAGGGAAAAACUGUAAAAUUUAAAAAAUAUAUUCUCAUCCCAUCGUAUGAAGAUUAAUAUAUCAUUCUUAAAAUCUCGGUUCAUCCAAUUCUCUGACGGAGGUCGCAGCACGUAGAACGAAUGAUAAAGAUGUGUGAAGAGAAAUAUGUAAAUGCAAAUAUCACCUUCUAUACGUUUUCGCGCCGUAAUUUGCUUCGAAUAGCGAUACGCGGACGAUUUGCUCACAGCGUGGACCAUGAUCACGCAUCUGUAAACGUUCGAAAUACCCGAAUAAAUAUCUACUAUACCUAUGUAUGUUAUAUUAUAUAGCAUAAUUUGACCGUUCAGUACACGAUAAGAGUUCUUAUUUUUAUUCUGAGCUCUUGGUAUUUUUAUCCUGUAAUUCACUGACAUGACGUAAAUCAUAUAUCCUUUGUUGAUUCGCGUUGUGGUAAUUUAAUUUUAAUUAUACUGGUGAGAUGAGCGUGCGUUACGUGUUACGUGUGUCUUACGUGUGUUUCAGCCAUUCUUAUAAACUUUACUGCGAUUUCUUAUACGCACAUACGGAAAUGGCGUAUCUAACGAAAACGUAAAGUAUUACCGAGAGCAGAAAUUUCUUUAUCAAAAAAUUUUGUUAUUUUUUUAUAAAGAAAAAGAAAGUAAACAGUAUUCAUUCUCGAGAUGUUAGACACACCAUUGUAUCAAAGUAUUAAAUAAUCUAAGUAUUACAUAUUUUUUAAAAGAAUGCUAUCACAUUUAGUAUGAGCAUGAAAAGUAAUGUAUUGUAUCUUAUUGUAUAAAACUUGUAUAAAACAUUGCUAGAAAAAAAAAGAAUAUUUUGAAUGAAUUGCCGAACGAUUUUGCUGAAUGAUGUAAUAUGCGCAUAAAUGUCAAGGAACAAAUAGAUUAUUCUUUAUAUGAAA